AAAAAGAAAUUCACGCCGGUAAAAAGAAAAAAGAAAAAAAAAAAACCUUCGCCGUCGUUUGCUACUCUUCGUCGCUCUAUCUCAAAACUCGAUCAAAUAUCUUCGAUUCUCCUCUUUCACCAUUACUGAUUCCAAGUUGAUAAGGACUUUGAAGCUUUUGUUUUGAUGGAAAGCAAAGGAAGAAUCCACCCAUCUCAUCAUCAUAUGAGGCGUCCUCUUCCAGGUCCCGGUGGUGGUAUUGCACAUCCCGAGACUUUUGGUAGUCACGCUGCUAUACCGCCUUCAGCUGCUCAAGGUGCAUAUCCUUCUUUCAACAUGUUGCCUCCACCUGAAGUUAUGGAGCAAAAAUUUGCGGCACAACACGGGGAAUUGCAGAGACUUGCUAUAGAGAAUCAGAGACUUGGUGCAACUCAUGGUAGUUUAAGACAAGAGCUAGCAGCAGCGCAGCAUGAAUUGCAGAUGUUGCACUCGCAAAUUGGGUCGAUGAAGUCUGAGAGAGAGCAACGGAUGAUGGGUCUUGCUGAGAAAGUUGCGAAAAUGGAGACUGAGCUUCAGAAGUCUGAGGCUGUGAAGUUGGAGAUGCAACAAGCACGUGCUGAGGCACGUAGCUUGGUUGUGGCGAGGGAGGAGCUUAUGUCUAAAGUUCAUCAGUUGACUCAGGAACUUCAGAAAGCUCGUUCAGAUGUGCAGCAAAUACCUGCCCUUAUGUCAGAACUUGAGAAUUUAAGACAGGAGUACCAGCAGUGCAGGGCAACAUAUGACUAUGAGAAGAAAUUUUAUAACGACCAUCUCGAGUCACUUCAGGCAAUGGAGAAGAACUACAUGACUAUGGCUAGGGAAGUUGAAAAACUUCAAGCACAGUUGAUGAACAGUGCGAAUUCAGACAGAAGAGCCGGUGUCCCUUAUGGUAGCAACAUGAAUGCUGAAAUUGACGCUUCUGGGCAUCAGAGUGGAAAUGGUUACUAUGAAGAUGCUUUUGGUCCCCAGGGAUAUAUUCCUCAAUCAGUUGCUGGUAAUGCAGCUGGACCAAAUUCAAUUGUUGGCGCAGCUCAAUACCCUUAUCCAGGAGUAACUCAGCCAGGAUACUUCCCUCCAAGACCCGGUUACAACUUCCCAAGAGGCCCUCCUGGUUCAUAUGACCCAACAAUAAGGUUACCCACAGGACCUUACGGCGCUCCAUUCCCACCUGGACCAUCCAACAAUACUCCUUACGGGUCAGCUGCAACAGCCAGUGCACGCGGAAACCCUAGUUGUAGAUGAGGCUACCAGCUAAGAGUACAUAUUCCUUCAACUGUGGAAGUGUUACCUGUUUGGUCCCAUAAUCUUAUGGGUUAAGAGAAGUUGGUACAGUGGUGAACGUUGAGUACUAAUGUUUAUCUGAUUUUGUUGGGAGAUCAACUUAGAUUUGUUAUGAGAAGGUUUUCAACAAAUUUUGUGAUACGAGAGAUGUAAAAUCGGGAAAGAAAAAACAAAGGGGAAAAAUUUAUUGUUUGCCCUUCACCAUUUUGUCUCUAUGUUUCACUCGGUUAAAAAUUGUACUAUAAAUAAAUCGAAAGUUGAAUUUACCUUCGUAGUA